GGGCAAAUGGGGUGGAUUUCCCCUUGUAUGCGUUGCAUUUUCUGAGCUGUGUUGGCCAUUGUCCAUACCUUCUAGUAUGUAGCAAAAUUUGGGCGGAAUUUAGCAGGAGCAGCAGCGAGCGCGCACACACACAGAGCCCCCAGCACUGCACAGUGGGCGAAGAGAGCGAACGAGUGCGCCAGCAGCGAGUGCCCAAGAAAGUAUGCCACAAAAGGCACAAGCAUAAAAAUGCACACCACAUCCACUGCAGAAGAGAAGAAAAUGUGAACAAAAAAUACAAUUUUUAAUCAAAAUAUUCAUGUGUAUGUACGUAUGCAGUGGUUUCGCACAUAUGUGUGGAUUUUCAACUACAAAAGCAGCAGGAGCUGAAGGAGAAGUGGGGCAGCAGCAGCAUCAACAGACAAGAUCCACACACACACAUACAGCAGCAGCAGCAGCAGUUGUUGUUUUUUUUAUAUAAGUGAACGUGAGUGUGUGCGGCUGUGCUUGUCUGUGUGUGUGUGUGUAAGCGUCGUAGUAAAAAAUAGUGGAAUGCAACAAUUACAACAAAAAGCAGCGGAGGCAGCGCCAAAUACAACGAAAAUAUAGGAAACAUUUUUUGAUACAAAUUUUUUGCUAAAAUAAAUCCAAAGGCUAAAGCGAAAAUCAUAAGCAGCUGGCAGCAAUAACAAAUGCCCAAAACCCAACAGAAAGAGAGCGACAGAGACACACUGUGAGCGGAGCGCAGAGCAAGAGAGUCGGAAGCAUAAACAACAAAACGAAACCGAAACCAAAAAUAUUUGCCCAAAGAAUUAAGCCACAUAAGAAGGACGCGAACACGACACGAGCGAAAGAAGAGAGAGAGAGAGAGAGCGGCGCAAAAGGCAACAGCCACAAGAGCAAAAGCAACGGACAGAGCAACAAAAGGGAAGAAGCAGCAGCUGGGAGCAAAAAGGAGAAUCGCAAAAGCAAGGCGCUUCAUCUUCAUCCACCAACACCACCCGACCGCGUGCCGUGCGUACGCCCCCAUCCAUCGACACACAGGAACAUCAGCAAAAUGAACAUGUUACAGAGUUUUAGCGGCGGCGCUGCCAGCACCACAGGCGAUGCCACCAGCGCCGAGACCGAGCUCAAGGAGCGGCUGAUAGCCAGCGUCAAGAAGGAGGUGAAGCAACUGAUGGAGGAGGCGGUGACCAAGAAGUACGUCCACGAGGAGAGCAGCUCGGUGACGUCGCUCUGCGGCGCGGUGGAGGCCUGCCUCAGCCAUGGGCUGCGCCGUCGGGCCCUCGGGCUGUUCAAGACCUCCUCGACAACAGCCCUCAUCCAGAAGAUAGCCAAAAUCUGUCCGGAGGCGGACUACGUGAGCCGGCGCCUGCUCGAGCUGGAGCUGGCCCACGAGAGCAGCGCGGUGAGCGGCAAGCGUUCGUCCUCCAGCAGCGACAGCAUCAUCAAGCCCAAGCUGAUCAGCAAGCAAACGGGCAGCAGUUGCAGCAGCAGCUCCGUGACCACCAUCAAUACGGUCUCCAAUGGGGCAGGCGGCGGCGGCGGUGUCCUGGGAGGCGCCGGGACACCGUUGGGCAAGUACCUGUGGAUACGGCUGGCGCUGUACGAGAAGCGGCUGGCCAAGAUCAUCGAGCAUCUGGUGGGCAAUGCCAGCAACUACUAUGAUCGCGAGGCGCUGGUCGCCGACGCCGAUUAUGGAUCCAUUCUCAGCUCCUUGCUGGUGGGGCCCUGUGCCCUGGAGUUUACGCGGGCCAAGACAGCCGACCACUAUUGGUCCGAUCCGCAUGCCGAUGAGCUGGUGCAGCGGCAUCGGAUAAGCUCGGGCAACCGCACGCCACCCACCUGCCAUCGGCCGAUCAUUAACUUUAAGAGGAGCCUGCACACCAGCUCGGAGGACACGAGCAGCGGCAGCUUCAAGGCCUGCUCGCCGGCGAGCGUGGCCAAGGACUAUGUGGAGUCGCUGCACCAGAAUUCGCGGACCACCCUACUCUAUGGCAAGAACAAUGUACUCGUCCUGCCCAAGGACGUGUCCGAGCCGAUGCCCGGCUAUCUGAGCCUCCAUCAGAGCAUCCAGUCGCUGACCAUCAAGUGGACACCGAAUCAGCUGAUGAACGGCUACAACGACGGGGACAACAGCGACAAGAGCUUCUACUGGAGCUAUGCCCUCAAUAUCAACGUGGACGAGAUCGUCUACGUGCACUGUCACCAGAAUCGUGGCGGGGACACCGGCGGCACCAUCAUCCUGGUGGGCCAGGACGGGGUGCAGCGUCCGCCGAUCCAUUUUCCCGAGGGCGGACACCUGCAGGCGUUCCUCAGCUGCCUGGAGACGGGCCUGCUGCCGCACGGACAGCUGGAUCCGCCGCUCUGGUCGCAGCGCGGCAUUGGCAAGCUGUUCCCCUGGCCGAAGAGCGUGCGCCGGCAUAUACUGCCCUCCGUUAUGGAGGCCUCCUCCAGCGACGAGACGCCCAUCGACUAUGUCUUUCGCGUGGUCAGCAAGAGCCAGCACGAGGAGUUCUUGGCCACGCAUCCCAUCCUGGAGCUGGGGCGCUCGAGUCCGCGCCGCAAGCACUUGGGCAGCUGCUCCACCACUGGCAGCAGCGACUGCUCCAGCAAGAGCCUCUCCAUCGAUCAGAGCAGCAGCGAUCCGCCCCUGAUCCAGGCCAGUCAGACGGCAAGCAUUGAGCUCGUGUGCUCCACCAUGCGCCGGCAGAUCAUCUCGCGCGCUUUCUACGGCUGGCUGGCGUACUGCCGUCAUCUAUCCACGGUGCGGACCCAUCUCUCCGGACUGGUCUAUGGCCGCAUUAUGCCCGAUUUGGCUGCCGACGAGGAGGGCCUCACCAGACAGAAGUGGCUGGAGAUGCACGUGGAUGGCGUUGUCUCUGGCGAACUGGAGCUCUAUCGUUUGGUCUAUUUUGGCGGCGUACAGCCGGAUCUGCGCAAGGAGGUGUGGCCCUAUCUGUUGGGCCACUACGCCUUUGGGUCCACCUGCGAGGAGCGUAAGAAACAGGACGAGACCUGCAAGCACUACUACGAGACGACGAUGAGCGAGUGGCUGGCCGUGGAGGCGAUUGUCCGGCAGCGGGAGAAGGAGAAGACAGCGCUGGCCGUGGCGAAACUUAGUGCGGAACAGGCGCGUCUGGCGGCCAAUGCCAAUGGGGCUGGCGCUGGAGCUGAUGCUGCAGCUGCUGGUCCAAAUGCUGCACGGCCAAUGACCAAUGGCACGCGGGAGCUGGAGCUGGAGCGUGGUCUUGGCGACGAUGAGGCGGAGCUGGGCGCAGAUGAGGGUGAGAACGACGUGUUUGAUGAUAACGAUUUCUCCGAUAUCUCCGAUCCUGGAGAUCUGUCCGAUGAUCCCGAACUGGCAGCAGAGGCUGAGGAGCAGCCUGAAGAGGAAGGAAACGAGAAAUCGGACGAGGAGCUGGACCAGGAGCAGGAGCUGGAGCAGGAGGAAAGCCGACGCAUGCCGCAGCUGAGCGAGCAGUUGAUGCUGGAGUUCCAGAAUCUCGACUGCAUGGAGCCACUGCACCUGCAGGAGAACUGCUUCGCCGACUCUGAGGCGGAGGGGGAUAUGGGUCUCGGGCUGGACGCCGGCGGGAACAUCCUGCUGCUGAGCAUCAAGAGCUCGCCCUCCACCAGCAGCUACGAGACGGUCGGCAAUGAGUUCGUGGACAUGGUGGAUGUCAAGGAGGAGGAGCCAGAAGAGGAAAUGGAGCCAGAGACAGAGCCAGAGACAGAGCCAGAGGUAGAGCCCUGCGGUCUGUUGAGUAAAUUCCACAGCGCCGACGAUGUACGUCGGGACGGGCAGGGCGAGGAAGCAGAGCAUGAGCAUGAGGAGGAGCACCCAUCCACGUCCGUGAUCAUCACAGAGGCCGCCUCCCUGGAUGCCCUGGAUGUGCAGUGCAACGACGACGAGACCACCGAAGACUUCACCUCACGCAAGACCAGCCUCAUGUCACCCAUGAACGAUGACAUCACGGUGGUGGCCUCCCUGGAUGCCCUGCAGGAGCCAAAGUCCGCCUGCGUCUCCCCGGCCAGCUCCAAUGGCGGCGUCUACAGCGUCGAGCUGCUCGAACAGUUCGGCCUCAAUCUGCAUCGGAUCGAGAAGGAUGUGCAGAGAUGCGAUCGCAACUACUGGUACUUUGCCAACGAGAAUCUGGACAAGCUGCGCAACGUGAUAUCCACGUAUGUGUGGGAGCAUCUGGACGUGGGCUACAUGCAGGGCAUGUGCGAUCUGGUGGCCCCACUGCUGGUCAUCUUCGACGACGAGUCCCUCAGCUACAGCUGCUUCUGCAAGCUCAUGGAGCGCAUGAUCGAGAACUUUCCCAGCGGCGGUGCCAUGGACAUGCACUUUGCCAACAUGCGAUCCCUCAUACAAAUCCUCGACUCGGAGAUGUAUGAUCUGAUGGACUCGAACGGGGACUACACGCACUUCUACUUCUGCUACCGCUGGUUCCUCUUGGACUUCAAGAGGGAGCUCGUCUACGACGAUGUCUUUGCCACUUGGGAGGUGAUCUGGGCGGCCAAGCACGUGGCAUCUGGAAACUUUGUCCUCUUCCUGGCCCUGGCCCUGCUCGAGACCUAUCGCGACAUCAUCCUCUCCAACAGCAUGGACUUUACCGAUGUCAUCAAGUUCUUCAAUGAAAUGGCCGAACGCCACAAUGCCCAAUCGAUUCUGCAGCUGUCCCGCAGUCUGGUCCUUCAGCUGCAGACCAUCAUCGAGAACAAGUGAAGAAGGGAGCCGUAAUCGUAACCGUAACACGCGUAACCAUAACCAUAGCCACAACCAUAACCGUAGAUGUGUCCCCGUAUCCGUAUUCGUACCCGUACUUGCCGAUCAGUAUUGAGCAUGCGAUGUACUAGUAGAGAGCACCAUAGAUCAUAGAAUGUUGGAUAGAAACUGCGCCUAGACAUACCCGCACACGGCAUACACAUAGUGCAUAUGAUAUGUAGUAGAUGGCAAUUAGCUGAAGCUCUCGAAUGAGGUUUUGGGCUCUUUUUUUUGUUGUUAUAUUUUUAUAGAAACGGCUGGGAGUCGCCUAAGAUGCGAUGCAGAAGUUAAUUGAAAUUUAGCUUAAUUAAGGAAAUUGUAGUGACCUGAGAUGUGACGUCGAGUAAAGUAGAACAAAUAUGAGAGGAAAAUGAACAACGUAAAUGAGAAAUAAAUACUAUUUACUAUAUACAAUAUAUAUGAUAUACAUUAACGAUGCUAUAUAUGUACAUGUAUACAGCCAUUCCACAUAUAUAGUAGCAGUUACAUAUUUAUACUUUUUGUAUGGGGAUGGUCGUCACAUGAGCGGCCAUCAGGAACCAUCCACAUAUACAUAUAUACACUAUAUAACAUAUAACAUAUAACAAAUACCAAAUACCAUAUACAUACAUUUGCGAUGCUGUGCGAAGGUUUUCGGCUUGGGCUUUCGUGGCCCGAGGCUGUGGGCCAAUUGUUGUUAAUGUUAUUUUUUACCAAUUUAGCAAAUGAUUAGAUAUACACACACACACACACCACACACACACACAUGUAUAUGUGCAUAUAUUAGAGGUCUGCAGAGGGAUAUUAAGAUUCAUUCUCUCUCAUUUGCAUUCGUGCAUUCGCCACUUCGUUGAAAUCCUUUUUUUCGGAGUCACUCAAUGAGUUUGAAUGCAUUCAUUCAUAUUCAUGCAGGCCCCCUACAUAUAUUUAAUGAUAUUCAAUUGCAAUUGUUCGUUUCUUAGGUUGGAUUUUGUUUGGCCUUGUUAUUUUUGGUUUUAAGAAAAAAAAACAUUUUCAGUUUUAGAAGCUUCGGGUAGAUCCUGCGGCUAUAUCCCAUAUACAGAUCGAACAAUUGUAGACCCCACACACACAAACACACACACACACAAAAAUGUUAUAAAAAUGUUGUUAAAGAAAAAAGAAAAAAAAACACAAAAAACGUUGAGUUUGAGUUGAUUGCGUUAUUGUAUUAGAAGAAUUAAUAUACAACAAAAAUAUGAUACAUACAAUACGAAUAUAUAUACAUAUAUUAAACGAGUAUUUAUACGCAAACAUAUUAUAUACAUAUAUACAUUAUAUAUACCCUAUAUAUAGAGAGCAAGAUGUGUUAAAUGUGUUACUGUAUUUUGAUUUGUUAUGUUUUAUUUUUCUUGUUGGGUUUCCCAACCAAAGAAACGUUCUCUCUCAGGCAAAUGUUGUUUCUUGUGUUUCUUUCGAAAGAAAUUCUUUUGUACUAUUGCUGCUAUGUUUUUUGGUAAGUGCAGGCGCACCAAAACUCCCUCCACUAAAGGGCUAAAGGUUUAUCGGUUAAAGGUUUAUACAUAUAUAUAUACAACACAUUAUACAGAUACCAUACUAUAUAUACAUUGUAUGGGACAUAGGUAAAUGCGAGUAGCACGCUUUUUGUGUAUAGAAAACUAAACGAUGGAAACGAAAAACUAAAAACCAAAAAAAUAACUUAAUGUGAUUUCUUGUUGCUUCUUUGAAUAUUGAUAUUUUUGUAAGCGCUAAAACAGAAACGAAAACAGAAACAGAGAAGAAAAACAUACAAUAUAUAUAUAUAUAAUGAAAGAUAAAGAUAGAAGAUAGCAGGCAAGCGAGAGCGAGAGAGAGAGUGCGUGUGUAUGUGAAAAAUAAGAGAUAUAUUUUACAGAUGAAAGCGACAGGAGACGAGACGAGACGAGAAGGGCCUCUGACCUCUGAACCUCUGAGUCCAAACAUCAUUUUGGCCACACUUUUGAUAAAAAUAUUCGAUGAAGGAUCCGCCACGAUCCAGACGAAACACGAAAUACGAAAGAAAUAACUCUCGCUAUAUAAUAUUGUAUCGUAAUCGUAAUCGUAAUCGUAAUCAAAGCUAAGCUACUAUAUAUUUAUAUAUAUGCCCCGUCUGUGUAGAGACGAUGACACCUAUAGAGAUGACACCUUUCGAGCAUAUAGUACAUACAUACAUACAAACAGAUAUUAUGUUACUGUUACAUAUAGCAUUACACAUGAAUAGUAUGACAAAAUAUCCUAUGAUAUGUUCCACAAACAGAACAGCAUCACACAGAACAGAAAAACAUAAACAAAACCAAAACUAAACAUACGAUUAAAUGUAUAAUUUAACAGAAAACAAAACCAAAAAACAUAACGAUGGAAAAUAAAAGCGAAUUAUGUAAAAUGUUUACAACAAA